UACAUACAGCACCUUUAAAGAGAAAAUGUCUUGUGGUUGAACCUGUCAACCCUGACGUUACUUUUUUUCGUACGUGUCUACAAUGUCCAAAUCUGCAGUCUAUCUGGCCGCUCGGUUGUGAGGCUCAGCCUGCUGGUGGUUCUGUAGUCGCUGCAGUUACAGGAGAAACAUCUGUCGCUGUCUCCUCGCCGUAGUUUGUGAGAGAGCCGUCCGCCGCUAGGGUUUGCUGCAGAGAUUUCCUCCCGCCGCUCCGAGCGCCUCCAGGCUUCAUGCAGUCAGAGAAGCGCUCAGGAGAGCCAGCAGCUGUGUUCAGGCAUGAAAAUGCACACAAGUUUCACAGCAGCUCAUUUAAAAUAGUGAAUGUCUGGAGGCAUGCAGUCGGGCAGAAAAACGCAAAAGCAUGACGGCAAAGAGAACCGCUUUCCAGCCGCUGUCCAGCUCCCGCAUCCCGGCGGAGAGGAAGGGAGCGUCUGAGUGCCUUCAUAACCCCGAGCGCUGUGCCUCUUCCCCGCAGGAGCCGGAGAAACCAGCGGCGUCCUCCUCGGGGCUUCCCGCCUUGGGGGCUGUCGGGGGCUCCGGGCCGGUGGUGGACGAGUCAUCCGACAGCGAGGGAGAGCAGGAAGGGCCGCAGAAACUCAUCAGGAAAGUCUCAACCUCCGGGCAAAUUCGGAGCAAGACGAGCGUGAAGGAAGGGCUGCUUCUGAAACAGACAAGCUCGUUCCAGCGGUGGAAAAAGCGCUAUUUCAAAUUGCGGGGACGGACGCUAUACUAUGCCAAGGAUGCCAAGGCGGGUGGCGUUUUGGCCCGCUGGCAGUAUCGGGUCUCUCGUAGCCGCGUGUGCUGGAGGGUGCUUUCCGUCUGCUGGACCGGUGCCCGCCGUCCACCGCCUGCUCUUGGCGCCAGUGGAUCGGAGGAAGGCUUGGUGGCGAUUCGGUCUCUUAUUUUCGACGAGGUGGAUCUUUCAGAUGCCAGUGUUGCCGAAUCAAGCACAAAGAAUGUCAACAACAGUUUUACGGUAAUUACACCGUUCCGAAGGCUUAUCCUGUGCGCCGAGAACAGGAAAGAAAUGGAGGACUGGAUCAGCUCACUGAAAUCGGUUCAGUCCAGAGAGCAUUACGAGACGGCACAGUUUAAUGUGGAACAUUUCUCAGGGAUGCACAACUGGUAUGCCUGCUCCCACGCUCGCCCUACCUUCUGUAACGUCUGUCGGGACAGCCUCUCAGGGGUCACUUCUCAUGGCCUCUCUUGUGAAGUGUGUAAAUUCAAGGCCCACAAAAGAUGUGCAGUCAGGGCCACCAACAACUGCAAAUGGACAACGCUGGCCUCUAUCGGGAAGGACAUCAUUGAGGACGAGGAUGGGAUUUCGAUGCCACACCAGUGGCUGGAAGGCAACCUGCCUGUCAGUGCUAAGUGUGCCGUUUGCGACAAAACCUGUGGCAGCGUGCUGCGCUUGCAGGACUGGCGUUGUUUGUGGUGCAAAGCCAUGGUGCACACGGCAUGCAUGGAUCUCUACCCCCGCAAAUGUCCCCUCGGCCAGUGCAAAGUGUCCAUCAUCCCCCCUACCGCCCUCAACAGCAUCGACUCAGACGGUUUCUGGAAGGCCACCUGUCCCCCAUCAUGCGCUAGUCCACUCCUUGUGUUUGUCAACUCAAAAAGCGGAGACAACCAAGGGGUAAAAUUCCUGCGUCGGUUCAAACAGCUGCUCAAUCCCGCUCAGGUUUUUGACCUGGUCAAUGGUGGACCUCAUUUAGGCCUUCGCUUGUUCCAAAAGUUCGAUAACUUCCGAAUCCUGGUGUGCGGUGGAGAUGGAAGCGUUGGUUGGGUCCUGUCUGAAAUUGAUAAACUAAAUCUUCACAAACAGUGCCAGCUGGGCGUUCUGCCACUGGGCACCGGGAAUGACCUGGCGCGGGUGCUUGGUUGGGGGCCGUCCUGUGAUGAUGACACUCAACUCCCUCAGAUACUGGAGAAGCUGGAGCGAGCCAGCACAAAGAUGUUGGACAGGUGGAGUAUAAUGACCUAUGAGAUUAAAAUACCUCCCAAACACAGCUGCCCCACCACACCUGAGGAGGCAGAGGACGGCCAGUUACAGAUAUCUGCUUAUGAGGAUUCAGUGGCUGCUCAUCUCACAAAGAUCUUGAACUCAGAUCAGCACUCAGUGGUCAUAUCUUCAUCAAAGGUAUUGUGUGAGACGGUGAAGGAAUUUGUGGCCAAAGUUGGGAAGUGUUAUGAGAGAAGCAGUGACAGUACGGAGGAAUCUGAUGCACUUGCUCUCAAAUGUGUGAUUCUGAACGAGAAGCUGGACUCCCUCCUGCAGACGUUGAAUUUGGAGGCGCAGGCCAUGACGCCCUCAGCCCUCACCACGCCACCCAUCGUGGAGGAGGAGGUGGAGGAGGAGGAGCUGGAGGAAGAGGAGGAUCUGAGUGAAGAGUCUAUAACGGAGCUGAAGGAGAAUGAGACUGAGAAAGGCUCUGCUCAUAAGCUCUUCAGACCCCGCGAGCAGCUUGUGCUGAGAGCCAACAGUCUGAAGAAAGUGCUCAGACAGAUCAUUGAGCAGGCAGAGAGAAUGGUGGAUGAGCAGAACGCUCACACGGAGGAGCAGGAGCUGCAGUCUCCCUCUGACUUCAGGAAGGACAGUGAGGAGGAAAACCGAGACAAUGAGAAGGACGAGGACACUAAAGAACUGGAAGCUCUGCCCUUGGCUAAGUCACUGUGUUUGCCGCCAGAGAGGCGUGUCAGUCGCAGCACGCAGUCCUGCGGCUCCUUUUCCAUCACUCCUUUCACCACAAGCAAGGAGAACCUGCCUGUCCUCAACACACGCAUCAUCUGUCCCGGUCUGCGGGCAGGUCUUGCUGCAUCCAUAGCUGGAAGCUCCAUAAUCAGUAAGAUGCUGCUUGCCAACAUUGAUCCAUUUGGUGCCACACCGUUCAUAGAUCCUGACCUGGACUCACUAGAGGGCUAUUUGGAGAAGUGUGUGAUGAAUAACUACUUUGGCAUUGGGUUAGAUGCAAAGAUCUCACUGGAGUUCAACAACAAACGUGAGGAGCAUCCGGAGAAAUGCAGAAGUCGCACUAAAAACAUGAUGUGGUAUGGAGUCCUGGGGACGAAAGAGCUUCUGCAGCGGACCUACAAGAACUUGGAGCAGAAAGUUCAGCUGGAGUGUGACGGCCAGUACAUCCCACUCCCCAGUCUCCAGGGGAUCGCUGUGCUGAACAUACCCAGCUAUGCCGGGGGAACCAACUUCUGGGGCGGCACCAAAGAGGAUGACAUAUUUUGUGCCCCUUCAUUUGAUGACAAAAUUUUGGAAGUGGUGGCUGUGUUUGGUAGCAUGCAGAUGGCUGUGUCGAGGGUGAUCAAACUGCAGCAUCACCGUAUUGCUCAGUGUCGCACAGUGAAGAUCACCAUCCUGGGAGAUGAAGGAGUGCCGGUCCAGGUGGAUGGAGAGGCCUGGAUUCAACCUCCUGGAGUCAUCAAGAUUCAGCACAAGAAUCGGGCCCAGAUGCUGACAAGAGACAGGGCAUUUGAAAACACGCUGAAGUCUUGGGAGGAUAAACUGAAAUACGACAAGCCUCCGCUGAGGCCGCACCUGUAUCCUCAGCACUCUGUGGAUCUGGCCACAGAAGAGGAGGCCACGCUCAUCCAGAUGUGCGCUCGAGCCGCAGAGGAUCUCAUCACCAGGAUCUGCGAGGCUGCCAAAAACUACCAACUCCUCGAGCAGGAGCUGGCCCACGCCGUCAACGCCUCCUCACACGCCAUCAACAAAACACACCCCAAGUUCCCCGAGAGCCUGACAAGAAACACUGCCAUUGAGGUGGCCAGCACCGUGAAGGCCCUGCACAAUGAGACCGAGUCGCUGCUAGUAGGACGAGUGCCACUGCAACUGGACCCUCCGCAUGAAGAGCUGCUGUCCAGUGCCCUGCAGAGCGUUGAGGUGGAACUGGGCAAGCUGACUGAGAUCCCCUGGCUCUACCACAUCUUACAGCCCAAUGACGAGGAGGAUAACUCGCUUGAGUACGGAAAAAGAAACAGUCGGAGUGGCAUGUUUCGCAUAGUGCCAAAGUUCAAGAAAGAGAAAGCCCCAAAGAAGUCCAGCCCACAGUCAGUUCAGAGGUGGGGCACUGAGGAGGUGGCCGCCUGGCUGGAGCAGCUCAGCUUGGGAGAAUACAAAGAGACCUUCAUCCGCCACGACAUCCGCGGCUCAGAGCUCCUGCACCUGGAGAGGAGAGACCUCAAGGAUCUGGGGAUCUCGAAGGUGGGUCAUAUGAAGAGAAUUCUCCAGGGAACUAAGGACUUGGCCAAGAGUUCGAUGGUGGACCUGUGAGAGACGUCAACACACAUUCCGUUCGUGAGCGAAGAGGAGUUGAAGCGGGAGCUCCGGCGUGGGAAGUGCUUUGCUGUCGUGGAUCUCUGUAGGAAUAGCUUGUAGAAAAGCUAGGGAUGUUUGUUUUAGAGCAAGUGCUGGUGCCAAAAUCAACAAGGAUUGUGUCCGAGACUUUUAGCCCCAUAGAAAAGCCAUUCCCCACUUAUCGCAUCAAUGGCACAAUCAGGUAUGCAAUUCUCAUCGUGACCUCUGGCCUCUUUUACAGAUUCCAAAUCAAGUAGCAGAACAGGACUUCCAAACCGAGAGGAGAGGAGCACACGGCCUCUGAGUAGCUCACUGGCUCUUUGCCUUGAGGUAGAUGGCAACAAUAGGAGGGCAAUGUGAUGUGUCAGCAAUAUUCUGCUUUUGACAGCACUGUUUACAUUUUAAGGAGAUGGGAAAAAGACUGCUGGAGUAUCGCAAUCAUAGUAGUGCUGCGGUGCAUUCCAGGAAAGGUCAAAAGGGGUUUCCUUCGCCAGUGAAAUACCGAUGCAUGGUCUGCUUGCUAUAUUUGGAUAGCUGUUUUAUUGCAUGAUCUGCGUCUUGUUUUUUAUUGUACAAACUAACACUUGAACAAGUUUUAUAUGAAUUUAGUAUAAUGCCAUUUGUUACUACUGAAGCAUCCCUUUGGUCUAAGUAGACUGCUGAUUUAUUUCUAUUUAUCUGUCUGCAUGGAAACCUUGUGUCAAAAGCAGUGUCAUGUGCCAUAUUUAUUGUCAGAUGAGCUUUAUUGGUAAGAAACGUUUUAAUCUUACAGUAUGACGUUAGAUAUAAGUCAGUGAAAUAAGUACCAAAGCGAAUGUCCCCCUGGUUUCUUUAAGACAUUUCCCCCUAAAAUAAUUGAAAUAUUCAUCAAAAAUGGUCAAAUCUGAAGUAGUUCAGAAAAACAUGAACAUGGCGACUCUUUGUAGCUUAAAAUAUAUUAUUAUACAUUAGUUGAAAUAGGACUUCUAUUGUUUUGAAUAAGAAAUUGCAGUUGACCUGCAACUUUACAUAGUUGAUAUUUACUGAGUUCAGGAACCCAGUGCAAGUUUGAUAGGAUCAUCUACAUUUGGUUGAUGGCAUUACAGGGUAUAAGAGAUCGUUUGUUUGUUAAUAUAUGCACUGUAUAUAUACGUUUAAAAAGUCCAGUUAUGAGUAAAGCCUUUGUAUAAUAGAACGCUUACAUGAUAUUAUCAGAUGACACAUUUAUUUGUGUAUAGAACACCAUAACACCUUUGUGAAUUAUUCUGUUUAGUAAUCGCCUUUACAAGUUAAGUGCUGUUGUACUCAAUGGAAGGUGCAAUAUUGUAUUUAUUUUGAUACAGUCCUUCUCUGUGAAGCUUUAUUAUGUGAGGUUUUUCCAUGGAAAACUAAAAAGAUAAACUUCACACACUCCUCUUUUUUUUUUCGGUUUUGGAUUAAGGUGGACUUUAGGUCAGACAAAUCAUGCCAUGUUCUCUUCAAAAUUCACAAAUCUUCCAUAAGCAAAUUGCUGAUUCUGUCUAACCGUGCUUCCAGGAUAAUUUGCUAGACGGCUGGAUGUUUCCCCACACCGACUAUAAAACUGUUGUGCCUCUAUUUUUUCUGUAAAAUGGAAAAUUUCGAGCUCGGAGCGCCACGUAGUUCUACAUAAGCCAACCUGACCAUCAGUGCACGUGGGACUCAUAACAGUGGAUUUUUGUUGAUGUUAUAAUAUAAUGUUCCUCUAGAGGGUGUUCGAUAACGUCAAAGUAGUACUUGAUAUACUGUAUAUACAGAGCGAAAGAGAGAAGUGUUGAAAAGGAUGUGGUGCUCCCAAACAAGAAAUGCUAUUCUACCCACAAUUUACCUGAAUUGAGAAUUCAAACAAAUAUGGAGGAUGAGAACAGACCUGGAGGACUGGCUUUGGUCUGUUGGGUGGAACUGAGCAGGAUGUUUUUAAAAAGAAAAAUACACAUUUGAAGAGUUUGCUGAGAGUUUAGGCAUUAUUAUCAAAUGAUGGGACUAAAAAUUUGACUUAAUUAAUGACAGCAUUCCUUAAUCAACUUUAGAUUACAUUAGUGGUUCUCAACUGUUUUUGCUCCAGGAUUUCACCUUCAACAUCACAUGGUGCCAAACACAGGGCCGAAUAGUUUAUUGUACACAAAGGAAUAACAAAAUGUCCUUAAAAGUCAUUAAUAUUAUCAUGAACUCCAUAGAACACUGACAAUAUUGUGAAUGCGCAAACAGUAGAAGUGUGAUUUACACUUUUUAUAGCUUGUGUGUUUGGUUUCUAAAAGUCAGUUGAUGGUUUUGAUAGUUUUGUGCUCUCGGCAGCCAAUAUUUCACCACACAAAACACAUUGUGGUCUGCACAAACCAUGUUUAUUCUUGUUGUAAGUGAACCCGUAUUUAAUGUAAUUUGGCAUUUUCCAUAUUGCCAUCUGCGCAUUAUGUCUAGUCUCCACCAAAUGAAAGAUGAACUUAAUACCCUCCAGUUUGAUUGGACGCAUAAUGCUAGACGUACAAAUUGAAAGAUGAGGAAAACAUUUUCUCCUCUCUUUUAAAAGUUGAUAAACCUUUUUAUAUUUCUAUCCUAACUACACACAAUUAUACAGUUAAUGGCAUUCUAGCAGUUGAGAACCACUUGCAUCCAUAAUAAAGGCACAACAGUGCGGCCUGCUUUUUUCAGCAAUUGCGGUUUAAUAGGCAACUAAAUGUAUCUUCCUGUCUUUUCUCAGUAGUGAGCAUCUGCUGAGAUUUCAGCAUUUGCCUUUAGGCAUUUCGGGUUGGCUGUUUAAUGGCAGGCCCAUGUGAAAUCUGCGCCAGCAGAACCCUGCAAAAACCUCUGAAUAUUGGGAUGCACAUCAAGUUUUACACAUUCCCUUUCACUUGUGUACUCCUUUAUGAAAUAUUUACGCCAGCUAAAUGCUUUCAUCUACCACUUAGUCUCUGGAUAACACAUUUGACCUUUUUAAAAUCCAUUCACAGAUAAGUUCUCCAAAAUCAGUGCAUCUGGGCUUAUUCAUAUGUGACAGAAAAAUAAAAAACUGUAAUCUGAUAAACUUUUGAUCCAACAAUCAAAUGGUCCAUUUAUAGCAACAGUUCUGUUUGUGGUUGUAUAAAAUCAAAACAUAUGUGCACAUACAUCCACGCAUUCCGAAACACGACUGAAUGUAUUGAUAUGCUUAUCAGAUAUGCAUUUCUGAGUGACCGCAUUACAAAACCUAAUUACCCCAACUAGCUAGAAUCAUUACCAAAGACUCAAGAUCAUUUCCAGAACACUAUGAAGCUCCCCGAAGCCCGGUUUAAUUGGCCUUAACAUGAUCUCUUUUUGACAGCUCUAGCAGAUCGACCUUGUAUAUGGUGCCUCUGUAUAGUUCAUUUGUUCACAACAGACUCAAAUCACACAAGUGCAGUCUUCCUCUCUUUGCCACACUAAACACAUGUGCACAUAAUCACAUGAACCUCAGUUCAGUUCUCAAGCCACCACAUGAGUGUUUUACAUUGGACUAUGAGUGACAGUAGGCUUCGGCUUAUGGUGAACAUAAAGCUGUAAACUGCCUGGUUUUUCACAAACAAAUUAAUUUGAGGAAUUUGUAGACCAAGGUAACAUAUCUUUGACAUAAUUUAUAUCCAGUAAGAGAAGUGCGAUGCGAGUUUCAUUUGUUUACAUUGUGUUUACAAUGGCACAGUUUCAUUUUUAAGACUACAUGUAUAGGUAUAUUUACAAUAAUUGCAUAUUUAUUAAGGUUAAACAACUGAUGUGUAUGUGUUUUCACUAUUGGGAUAUAAUGUUACGGUUGUCACUUGUAUUGAUAUCUGGAUGAUUUUGGUAAGUAGUAGGUAAUUUUUAUGACUACUAAGUGACUGUUUUCUGUGCCUUUGUAGAUGCAUGGUUAACUAUUUAUUACAAUAUGGAGGUCACUGAGAUGUGUAUUUUUGUAUCCUGAUUAAAUAAGUGUUUCGAUUUUGAUGUACAUUUUGAGGUGGUAAAAUGCUGCCAGUUGAUAUCUUCCUUCUUCAAUAAAAUUGAAUGCAUACACA